UAACACGAAAACGUAAACAUAAACACUAAACAUUAAAUUAAAAUAAAAUGAAAUCCGAAAUCUAACUAACGGAGUGGGGUCCACCCAACCCACGGAUGCCACAACCUCUCUACUUUUUCUUCCCUUUUUUUGUUCUUUUCAAAAAGCAACAAUCUUCUCUCUCUCUAACAAUACCAGUGAUUCCCGUUUUUGAAUAGAAAAAAAGGAAACUAGGGUUCAGUUUCAUAGUCAAGAAGAAAUCUCAGAUUUUUCCUUUACUUUCAAUAAGCUUAAUGCUAGUGAGGGAAUUGGUUGUAAGAGAUGACGAGGGUAACCCGUGAUUUUGGUGAUACUAUGCAAAAAGAGGCAGUGCCUGCGGUAUCUUCUGAUGUGAUAUUUGCUUCUAGUCGGUUUCCUAGUUAUAGAAUUGGAGCUAACAAUCAGAUAAUGGAGACAAAGGAUGAUCCAAAAGUGCUAUCUAUGAAGGAGGUUAUUGCACGUGAGACUGCACAGUUGUUGGAUCAGCAUAAUCGUCUCUCGGUUCGUGACCUUGCUAGUAAAUUCGAGAAGGGUUUGGCUGCUGCUGCUAAGUUGUCUGAAGAGGCCAAACUUAGAGAAGCAGUGUCAUUGGAAAAACAUGUUCUUUUAAAGAAGCUCAGAGAUUCACUUGAAUCCUUAAAGGGGCGUGUGGCGGGAAGUAACAAGGACGAUGUGGAGGAUGCUAUUGCUAUGGUUGAAGCUCUUGCAGUUCAAUUAACUCAAAGGGAAGGGGAACUGAUUCAAGAGAAGACAGAGGUGAAAAAACUGGCAAAUUUUCUUAAGCAGGCUUCUGAAGAUGCUAAGAAACUGGUUGAUGAGGAAAGAGCUUUUGCUCGUGCAGAAAUAGAUAAUGCCAGGACAGCUGUUCAGAGAGUGGAAGAGGCACUUCAAGAGCAUGAGAAAAUGUCUCAAGCUUCAGGGAAGCAGGAUGUGGAACAAUUAAUGAAGGAGGUUCAAGAGGCUCGAAGAAUCAAAAUGCUGCAUCAGCCAAGCAAGGUCAUGGAUAUGGAACAUGAACUUCGAGCAUUGAGGGCUCAACUUGCGGAAAAGACCAGACAUUAUCUUCGACUUCAGAAGGAGCUAACAAGGACAAAGAAAGGAGAGGAAAAUGUUCCACAUUUAUAUGAACUUGAAGGGAAUGAAACCUUAGGUUCUUAUUUGCAAAUUCAGCCUUGCUCUGAUAUUGCCCCCGAUGUUUCAAAAUGUUCAAUUCAGUGGUAUCGCGUAUCGUCUGAUGGUUCCAAAAAAGAACUUAUUUCAGGAGCUACCAAAUCGGUUUAUGCCCCUGAGCCUUUCGAUGUUGGACACAUCUUGCAAGUUGAUAUUAUUUCAGAACACCAGCACAUUGUACUUUCAACUACAGGUCCAAUUGAUCCAGCUGCUGGUUUGGGAACCUAUGUAGAGGCACUUGUGCGAAAACAUGACACUGAAUUCAAUGUAGUUGUAACUCAGAUGAGGGGUGCACAUCAUCCAACUGAAUCUAUUCAUGUACUUCAUGUUGGAAAGAUGAGGAUCAAACUCUGCAAAGGAAAGACAACAAUUGCCAAAGAAUAUUAUUCAAGUACAAUGCAGCUUUGUGGAGUUCGAGGCGGUGGAAAUGCUGCGGCGCAGGCACUAUUUUGGCAGCCGAAACAAGGACAUUCUUUUGUAUUAGCUUUUGAAUCAGAGCGAGAAAGGAAUGCAGCCAUCAUGCUUGCAAGGAGAUUUGCAUUUGACUGUAAUAUCAUGCUUGCUGGACCAGAUGACAGAGCUCCUUUAGGGACAUGAUGAUUCUUCUUAAACUCUUAUUACUUUUCCCUCUUGUAAUUAAUUAUAUGAGUUUUUCUUCUACCUUGUAUUAUAUGUAAGUGUUAACAGUAAAAUGUGGCUUGUUAUUUAUAUUGUAUAAGUUGCUAAUGAUUCAUACCUUAUGUAAUUUUGUUUCAUCAAACACCAAGGCAUAUUUUUGUUUGCCUUUGUGAGUGAGUUGACAAAAGUUUUAGAGAUUACAUAUUUGAUUUAUAUAAUCUCUAUAUAUGGACAAGAAAUUUGUAAUAUUAUGGAGGUGUUAGAUUUAUAUAACAUUCCUUACCUUAAGGUUAAUAUUAUCAUUGUUGAGAAUUUAA